GUAUGCUUUGGCGAUGAUGAAUAAAGUUGGUCUAAACACUCGUAGGCAGCGUCUGUAUGUACGGAAGUUUUCACUUCUCUAGGGUACAUCCCCAGGAAGGGAACUGCUGGUUCAUGCAGCUGGCUGUGUUUAACGCAGUAGGCUGGCUUCUUUGUAUUUAGCAUUUCCCUCUGCAGCUCAGUUCUCUCCUCUCCAUUCAUUGAGGGUAACUAGAAGCCAGGCAGCUCCUUCAACAUCCCCGCUGGGCAGCUCCUUAGCUAGAUCCUCUCAUUCAUUAGGUACAUUGUCUAUUCCCUAUGUCCUGCUCUACUGCAGGUCACAAUGUUGCUAAAUGCUUGCCGCUCUGACCAGGGUCUCCUUCCCUCCAUGUUCCAAUAGCAUUUUCCUCACUUGCCUCAAUGACACACUGUCAGUCUCAGCAGGUUCUUCCCACUCACUGCCCAGGCCCCAAACCAAUGGCAUGUGAGCUAGGGCUUGUAUAGGCUCCCCUGACCCAGGAGAGAAGGCCGGGAACUGGGGACACAGCUCCUGCCCUCACCCCUAUUUCCUCCAGGAGGCUAAGACUGGGCUCUGAAGCGGGUGGGAGGUUUGGGGCCCAAGAGUUUGGUUGGGAUCCUGGCUUUGCCCCGUUUGAGGUUGGGGCCCAGUAGUGAUGGGGCUAGGAGGCUGCGCAGUUUGGGUGGGUUUCUUCUGACCAGUUCACCCGCCUCGAUAGGGUCCCGAUGGGGACCAGGAGCAGCCCUGGGCUCCUUGGCUACAGGAGGAGGGGGCCAGCGUCUGGCUCAGAGGCGCCGCUGCGCUUCGAGGGCUGCCAGGGUGAGGGCAUCCUCGGGGCCGCUACCCUAGCAGCACGGCGAGGCGGCCAGGCUCCGCGGGCGGUGGGAGGCUCCCCGCGCUUCCUGCGGGUCCCGUCUCCGAGGCUCGGCUGGCCCCCGCGCGCCGUGGCGGGACAGCAUUUGCCGCCGCCGCUGUCGGGGAUUAGCGAGCUCCCGGCCACGCGGCGGGAUUAUCCCGCGUGGACCAGGCGCCCGGCCCGGGGAUUAUCGCGCGCUCCCCCCACCCCCGACGUAUAUAUUCCAGAGGCGGCGGCGGCCGGGCCGGGCCGGAAUGGCAGCGGCGGGGGGUGCGACGAGCCGCAGGGGCCCCGGGCAGCCCUGCCCCUUCUCCAUCGAGCACAUCCUCUCCAGUUUGCCCGAAAGACGCCCCCCGGGCCGGGCUGCCCGCCUGCCGCAGCCAGCCGGCCGCCAGAGCCCUGCGGAGCCCGGGGACCCCGGGGCGCCCGAGGCUGCGCCCUGCGCCUGCUGCUGCUGCUGCGGCCCCCGGAGGCCCCCGGAGCCGGCCGCCAGGCUGGGCGCGCGGCUGCCGUGGCCGCUGAGGCUGGGGCCCUCGGCGCCCUUGCCCUUGGCCGUGCCGCCCGGAAGCUCCGGGGCACUGCCCGGCACGGGCGGCCCCGGCCCGCAGCGGCGCACGCGGCGCCACCGCACCAUCUUCAGCGAGGAGCAGCUGCAGGCGCUGGAGGCGCUCUUCGUGCAGAACCAGUACCCCGACGUGGGCACGCGGGAGCGCCUGGCCGGCCGCAUCCGCCUGCGCGAGGAGCGCGUGGAGGUUUGGUUCAAGAACCGCCGGGCCAAAUGGCGACACCAGAAGCGGGCGUCUGCGGCUGCGAGGCUCCUGCCCGGAGCCAAGAAGCCCCCCAAGAACAGAUGCUGAUCCUCGCGAGCUGCUCCUCGGCCUGGCCGCCUGGGGCCGGCUCCGAGAGGCGGCUGUCCUGCCCUCCUCUGCCCUCCUCUGCCCUGGCGUGAGGAUCCUGUGAGUGUCCCUGCGCCGCCUGCUCGUGAAAGGAGAGAACUCCGAGGACCCAGGUGCGCGCUGCUGCCCAAGGGCCUGCGGGCUAGAGGCCUGGGGGCAGGGCGGGCACAGAGCAGGUCGGCUUCCACCCUCCUUCCAGGCACUAACCCGCCCAGGGGACAGGAACCGCCCGCUGUCCAGAGGGGACCUAGAAUCCUUUCUUUCCUGGGCCUGCGGGCCUCCCUCCUCUCUGCACCCUGCAUGUGACCCCGGACCUGGCCUCCAGCCCCCCCCCCGAGGCAGGGUGCGUGGUCACGUCUGUGCAUCCUGGGGUUGCUGCCAGCUCCAUGUUCAGACCUUUCCUGUGAGCCUAUUGCAACAACGGAAAACAAACAAGCCGCUAAAACACCACAAAAGCAGUGGAGUCUAGCCCUAGCUUGUUCAGCUCAGUAGAUAGAGCUUUAGCCCUUGGACUGAAGAGGUUCGAUUCCUGUCAUGUCGGUACCUCGGUUGCAGGCUCGAGACCCGGCCCUGGUUGGGAGGCAACCAAUUGAUGUGUCUCUCUCACAUCGAUAUUUCUCUCUCUCUCUCUCUCUCCCCCCUCCCUUCCACUCUCUAAAAAUCCUCCGGUGAGGAUAACAAAACAAACAAAAAGAAGUUGAGUCCGAAGUCUGCCCUGGCUCCACUCCCACACCCAGCCGGAACCUGUCCCUUCUCUCUCCUUCCCAGGGAGGGGGGUGGGCAGCUUGCCUUGGGGAGCACAGUCCAGUAAGUACUCAAUCCCUGCACCAGGGUGCCCUUCAGCAGAGCAGACUGCCCUACCAGUACUGGUCUGGCCCCUGGAGGCCUGCACUGGCCUCUAUGUGCUGCUUCAUGGUGGGGGGGUCCUUCGCUUCCUCCCUGGGGGGCAGAUUUCCAUGCUGUGGUGUCUGCCUCCCUCACAGCAGUCAAUCUCUGCCACCCUGUAGGACAAGAGGAGGCUCAGCUGGGGACACCAACACACACACACACACACACACACACACACACACACUGCCUUGAAAACGUCUGCUUUCCCUUCCAUCAUCCUGCCCCCUGGCUGGAGGAUAGGGUGGAAAUGUGACUUCAGCUCCCCAAGUAGAACCAGACAGUGGGCCCAAGGAACCUAACACCCCCUCCUCUGGCUCGAGGACCUUGCUCUGCCCCCCUCACAGGUCCUGGAGGGAGUUUGGGAGGAGUAUCUGGCAGGAGACACAGUUCUUCUAUAAAAGUCACUGAAGUCAGGGCUGCAGCUCUUGGGACUGUCCAAGGCUGGCCAGCUCAGACAACACCCAGCAGGCAUGGUGUUCCCAGCCAGGGCCGCCCUAAAACUGCCGGGUGCUGCCAAGACGGCAGCUGUUGCCUCGCCUCCCAGCAUGCACACUUCUGGCUGUCACCGAGCUCUUUUCCCUGAAUCCCGGCCUUAUCCUUGGCCACGGCACAGUCGGCCUGUGGAGCUCCGCCUUGGCUGGGACACGCUCAUCUCGCUGGGUUACUGGACCUUUGCCCUCCUUGGCUGAGUGGUUAUUUGUCUUUGUGUGAGGCAGCCAGGAUUAAAGUUCCAUCUUCAAGGGACCGGUGGCUAUGUUGCCCUUUUGAUUCUUCUCCUUUCUCUCUAGCUGCUCUUGGGCAGGCUCACCUCCACAGCUGGCUGUUAACUUAUACUAGUAGGUAUCCUUGAGGCUGAGUCUUAGGAACUCCCCUCUCGUCUCCAUUUUCACCCUGGUCUAUCUCCUCCAUUCUCAGCUGCCACAUUUACAUAUCCAGGUCAGGCCUCUCCCCAGAACUAGAUAUUUAUGGCCAACUGUCCCUUUGAUUAUUUUACCUGGAAGCCCACAGGCCCUCAACGUCACCUUGUCCUGGGAAGGCAAGCUCUUCCCUCGUACAUACCAGGUACAUGAACCAAAGGGCAGGCAGUUACCCUGGCCCCGCCUCUCCCUCACCAACCAGACACAAGCCAACAGCAAGUUGAUCUCAAUUUCCAAAAACAAUCCCAGAAUCUACCUUCUCUUCAGCUUCAGUUGCACCAGCCUGAUGAAAACCUCCAUCAUCUCUCACCUUGACCGUUGCAGCUACCUUCAGUCUUGCCACCUCUAUCCUCUCUGGUUCCUUUUUAAUUCAUUCUGCAUAACCUCUGCAAGUCUGAACCUGCCUCUCCCCUGACUACAGCACUCCAAGGGCUUCCCAUUGCCCCAUGACCCACAGGUUCCAUCGAUUGCAGCCUGGCCUGCCUCUCUGGCAUCAUCUCACACCUCACUGCUCCUUGUACUCUGUAUUUCCCAAGGUCUUCUCCCUCAUGCUGCUCUUUGGCCAUGCUUUUCCCUCUCCACCUGAUCAAUGCCUGUUCAUCAUUUCGAUCUGCAUUCACCCCCUGCCCAGGAAAACUUCCCCUGACUGGAGAUUCCACAAGCACAAACUCUGUUCUUGCUCCUGUCAACUGCAGUUGUAAGCUUGUUCGUGGGAUGACCUAACCAGGGUCUGUCUUCCUCAUUGGACUGUUAGCUCUGUGAGGGCAGGAACCAACACCAUGGAAUCCCCAGUGAAUAAAGGAAUGACUGCUUAUUGUACUAAAUCAUGUUGGGAUAACAUUACUUUUUUGACAUUAAUUCUCAACCUCCUUUUGAGAAUAAGUUAUCAAUCCUGAAAAAUGCUUAGGCAAUUUUCUGGUCCACUUCAAUGAGAAUGAACCCUCUUCUGGGAGCCCACUCUGGCAUUUAGGGACCUGAAAAUUUUUUUCAAAUUUUCUUGUUUUCGUACCCCAUUGCCCUCUUUCUCCCCUCCCCCCACCACUCCCAGGGACCUGAAAAAUUUUAACCAGAUAUUUCUUUAUUGAACCAUUAUAUUUUGCUUUCUUUUUGUUUUGUUAGAUAACUAUCAAAAAUUGUCUAGAGUUCUUUUCUUGCAUAAAAUUUUUUUUGCAUAAAAUUUUAAUAAAAGCUUUGAAACGUGUAUAUAACCAAAA